UUGGGGACGGGAGUGAUAUUUCUGGAUUCAUAUGGAUACUACGGCAUCUGAAAUACAGCCAUCCAUUCACGUUUCUCUGCAUUCGCAGCCUCUUUGUUGCUCAAAAUUUCGUCUAUAUGUUCUCUUUGUCUUUUUUCCAGCUCUUCUUGGUGACGAUAAUGAUAAGUGUGUCGUUUUGCUUUUACGCUAUCCAACGUUCUUUAAAGAAUGCAGUCGAAAAGGACAACAUUAAGCUGGUGAGAUCUGUAAUGAGUGACCACACGGCAGUAGGUGAUGCAGUUUCCGAACUGGACAACAUUUUGUGCUUUCCAAGUCCCAUAUUGUUCAUAUACUUCCUACUGUGCAUACUCGUGGGCAUAUCGGUGUUCACUGGCGGUAUCGGGGAACCCGGCGCGAUUGAAGUUUUCGGAGUUGCGACUGCCACUGUUAUCGUUAUGACAACAUGCUUUGUCACCGUCACCAACCAGGCCGAGGCUGUGGUACCAGUGUUGUUGAAAUUUCUCCGCACCGUUGAUGAUUGCAAGGAGCAUUACCGGUUGUCCUUUUACAUUACCAGUCUCCAGACAAACCGAGUAGGAUUCACGUUCGGAAAGUUUUUUACUAUAGACCGGACAUUUGUCAUAUCGCUUACUGGUGCCCUUAUCACGUACGCAUUGAUAAUGUGGGAACUGGGUGAUAAAGGGGAGUCAAUGGAAUCUCUAUCAGAUUGUGCAGUUCUUUGGAAGAAAUGUGGAAACUUCUCGUUCGGUUCAACAUAA